GGAAAGACUCCCUCGACUUGGUGACAGUACAGAAUUAAAGACAGAAAGAAAGAAAGAGGAUCAUUAGCUACAAAAUAAGAAAGGAAGAGAGAAAGAAAGAAAAAGAAAGGAGGCGAUAAAGACAGGAGAUAGACAGAAUGGCAGUGGGUUGUGUGAGGGUGGCUCUGGCUGUGUUGCUGCAGCUCUCUGUUUGGCUCCCGGUCGCUCUGCAGUGCUCUGUCUCAGAGAUUCAGACAGGUCAGGUGAUUCGGCUCCUCAAUAUAAUGGCCCAAUCAGAGAACAGCAGUGCUGCCAGUGGCUCCACCCCCAAUCCCAGCAUCCUCCUGGCUCUGCGUCUGGCCAGCCAUCAUGACAGUGACACAGAGAGAGGCAUGCUGGCUAGACUGCAGGUUGAUGCAGUGAAGAGAGUCCAAGAAGGCCUCCCCUUCUCCUCAGGCACCGUGGCUCUCUACUGUCUGGCUAUGCAGGCCUCCUGUGCGGACCCGUAUCUAACUCCAGCCCCAGGACUUAAAGGGGGAAAGAAGGCCAUGGACCUCAGAAAACUGCUGGAAAAAAAAACUGAAGGAAGAGAUUGACAAUAUUGAUUCCAAGAACGUUCCCCUCACCAACUAUUAUCAGGUGAGCCUUGACAUACUGGCGCUGUGCAUGAUGGGAAAACCAGUGACAUCACACAGCGUGCAGAGUCUGAUUGAAGCUUCGGAUAACGGAGGAUUUUCAUAUGGAGAGAAAUAUUCAGUGGACACAGCCUCGGUUGCAGUUCUGGCUCUGACCUGCGUGAAGCGCUCUAUCAAGGCCCCUGAUCGUAUGGUUCUGCGUCUGAAAAUACUGAAUGCUCUAAAAUGUCUGAUCAAGAACAUUCUCCAGGAGACAACGAGCGACGGAUUGAUCGGGAACCUUUACAGCACGGGACUGGCCAUGCAGGCCCUGUCAGUCACCUCCACCAACUACGACUGUUCCAGAACUAUCCAGACACUUCUAGAGCGGGCUGGUUCCGGAUCCUUCGAGAACCCCAUGGCUGCUUCUCAGAUCACCCCCUCACUGGAGAACAGAAACUACCUGGAGCUGAACAAGCUAGACUGCAAGGACUUUGAGAAGACACUUGAUGGGUCGGUGCUUCCUCUAGCACCCCCCACUGCCCCGGAGGGUGUAAUCACCGUGCACUACAGAGUGGAGGACGGCAUUCACUACUCCUUCAAUGACAGCAUCGAGGUGACGGUCCCUGUGGGGUCCUCGCUACUGCAGGUCAUGGAGGAGGCGGCCAAGAUAUCACCUGCAAAAUUCAGGUUCACUGUGGAGCAAAGCAGCUGGGGUCCAUUUGUCACCAGUAUCCAAGUUUUAGCUGGGAACACGGAGGAGCGAACAUACUGGCAAUUUCUCACUGGGAGUAACGCUUUGGAUCAAGGAGUUGGUGAUUAUAAGCCGUACGAUGGGGAUUACAUCGUGGCAAAAUUCUCUACAUAUUAACUCUCAGAUUUCCAUCUCAUAAUUCAUGCAUUGUUGGAGGUUGUGUUUAAUUAUCACUUAUUUUAAUCACAUUAUAAUUCUAUGAUUCAGAGGGGUCUGGUAAAGCAUAGGGAAGCAUUGUAAAGCACAGGGAGGUCUGGUAAAGCAUAGGGAAGCAUUGUAAAGCACAGAGAGGUCUGGUAAAGCAUAGGGAAGCAUUGUAAAGCACAGAGAGGUCUGGUAAAGCAUAGGGAAGCAUUCUAAAGCACAGAGAGGUGUGGUAAAGCAUAGGGAAGCAUUGUAAAGCACAGAGAGGUGUGGUAAAGCAUAGGGAAGCAUUGUAAAGCACAGAGAGGUGUGGUAAAGCAUAGGGAAGCAUUGUAAAGCACAGAGAGGUGUGGUAAAGCAUAGGGAAGCAUUGUAAAGCACAGAGAGGUGUGGUAAAGCAUAGGGAAGCAUUGUAAAGCACAGAGAGGUGUGGUAAAGCAUAGGGGAGCAUUGUAAAGCACAGAGAGGUGUGGUAAAGGAUAGGGAAGCAUUGUAAAGCACAGAGAGGUGUGGUAAAGCAUAGGGAAGCAUUGUAAAGCACAGAGAGGUGUGGUAAAGCAUAGGGAAGCAUUGUAAAGCACAGAGAGGUGUGGUAAAGCAUAGGGAAGCAUUGUAAAGCACAGAGAGGUCUGGUAAAGCAUAGGGAAGCAUUGUAAAGCACAGAGAGGUGUGGUAAAGCAUAGGGAAGCAUUGUAAAGCACGGAGAGGUCUGGUAAAGCAUAGGGAAGCAUUGUAAAGCACAGAGAGGUCUGGUAAAGCACAGGGAAGCAUUGUAAAGCACAGAGAGGUCUGGUAAAGCAUAGGGAAGCAUUGUAAAGCACAGAGAGGUCUGGUAAAGGAUAUUUAAAAAUGGCAAAAAAAAAAAAAAUAAUAAAAUAAGCAAGUUAGCAACUUCAAAACUAAAAUGUCUUGUUUUUAUUACUGUCCCCUGCAGAGAUGGAGUCUCUCACCUAUCAAUACUGUGUACCAGCCUGUCAUUAAAU